AUGUCCAAGUGGCGCACCGCUGGCGGCACCGCGUCUUUCCGCCCAGGGACUGACCGACAGGGCGCCGAGAAGGUUGAAAGCUUGAGGGAAAAUGCUCGAGCAGGCUGGGAAUUGCCCCUGAACUCGGCGCUGUUCCGCGCGCUGCAGCGUGCGGCUCACGCAAGGCGCACCAGCCGCCUGCACGUCUAG